GGCCGCCCCGCCAUGUCGCGGAGCCCGGGGCGGCGGCCGCAGUUGUGAGUACGGGCGGGCCCGGGGCUCCGCCUCGCAGGGACGCCCCGCCAGGUGGAGGAACAAGCCUCUUUGGAGGUUUCUUCUUGGUGCCAGUUUGCAGCCCUAGUUAGUUGAGGGCACAGCAUUGCAGGCUGUAUGUACCGAGUCAUUCAGACAACGGGACCAGAUGGAAAAAACCUUCUGAAAUUGCUUCCCAUUUCUAAAACUUCUGGAAGCUUUGUACCAAUAGUUCAGUCUCCAGCCAUGCCAAAUAAUUCUAAUGCAAAUGUUUCUAGCCCAGUCCAUCUUACUAUUACGACACAGAUUGGCAAUACUGCUGCACCUCCAUCUGUUAAGAUACCGAUUUUUCAGUCUCCUAAUCCUGGAAAGAUUAUUCUUACGAGGACAUUAGACAAGCAGGAAAGUGCUAGGGCAGGUUCUGAAAAGGAAAGCUUAAUUCCAAACGCAGCUGCCAAUGCCCAGAGCAGCUGUGUGCCCAUGGAUGGAGUGUCCUUGCAGAAUGUGGCCAUCACGAGCUCCUCUCACCAGAGCAGCCCAGCCCGCACAGUGGUGAACACCAAACCCCUCCCAGUGACUGUUAAGUCUCCAGUGCUGCCCUCCGGACACCACCUCCAGAUUCCAGCUGAUGCAGAAGUGAAAUCUGUCCCAGCAUCUCUUUUGCCACCUGCAAUACAGCAAAAAAUCCUGGCAGCUGCAGCCACCAAUGUGUCUGGAGGGGCUGACAGUACAAAAGCACCAACAGUGAUUUACGUGUCACCCGUAAACACAGUGAAAACCUCCCAAGUCCUGCCCAAGCACUUGCAGAGCUUUUGCCCUCAACCUGCCACGGAAGUUUCAAAGACAGUGAUAGUGACAGCUGCCCAGAAGGGAUCUGGUUCUUCUCCUGAGCCAGUCACAUCCAAGGGGCAGCAGUGCCAGCAAACUCCCAUGAAAUGGAUUGUGCAAGAAACUGCCUCGCUCUCAGCAGCUUGUCGUAUCCCUGUAAAGUCUUCAAGUAAUGUGGCUUCCAAGAUCCUGAAAACUUUGUCAGACACGAAGAAUAUAGAAGUCAACCCUGCAAAUAUUUUACCACUCUGUUCUAAUGGUCCUGGUGGAAGCCAAACUAAAAUCACACGUUUAAAAGAUAAUGCUCUGGUCAUGUACAAUGGGAAAGUCUAUUUAUUGACCAAAAGAGGCUCUGAUGUUCUGUCAGCCCAGGCUGACAAACAGGCAUCUCCUUCUUCUGAUGCUUUACUUAAAAAGGAGACACCCGAGCAAAUUGAUUCUACUGAAGUCAAUAAAAUAACCAGUAAAGUGGUGAAUCUGGUGUUGACAAAAAGCAAAGGAGUGGUGCUGUCUCAGAAAGACCCAAAACCAUGUACAGUUUCCAAAAAUUCAUCACCAAUUAGCUUAAGAAAUGACUUAAAAUCCACAUCUGCAGCUCUGCUGACACCAAGUGCUAAUCAGCAGGAUCCCACUGUAAUCCAGAGACAGAGUUUGCCCUCCACCAAGAGCGUUUCUUGCAGUGAAGUGAUCCCAGUUCCAGCAGUAGGGAUGCAGGAGAGUGUGAGGCAAAAUGGCAAAGACAUGAGUCAUUCCCCGAGAGCAGCAGGGGCUGUGUUACCUCAGGCUAAGCAGGAAUGUGCUGUCAGUGAAGACUGGCCAAAGAUGCAAUGUGUAAAGAUGGAUUCACCAGGAAAGGUUAUUCCAAUCAAUCACCAAGACCGCUCACACUGGAGACAAUAUUUGGAAUUAAGGAAAAAGUUUGGUCUCUUUAAGGAGGAGAGAGUUUACCUUACUAGAGUACCAUCAAGGGCCUUCUGUGAGAAUCCAGAAGGAGGGGUGUGUUCCAGUGACAGCUUGGAAAGGAAAAAUGAGUCUUGCAGUUCAUCCUCAUUGGAUGUGGAAGUAAUGAGUCAUCAUCAGGAAUGUGUUAAAGAAAAGAUAAUUGUGGAUCUGGAAGAAGAUUUGAUUAGGAAAAGGAAAACAAAAUCCUCACCUUUGUCAGACAGUGGCAAGAGGAGGAGAACUUCAAUCAAAUCAGCCACAAGUCCCAGUUUAGAAGUGACCAGCUCAGGUUCCAGUGUAUCUAAUAGGAGUGUUUCACCUGCACCAGCCCCAGCACAGCCAAGCGUUCCCGCUGGCUUCAGCGGAGUGUCCCAGGAGAGGGACUUGGAGCAGGACACGUUCCCCCGGUACAGUGACACUACCCACCCAGGGAUUUCAGUUUUAGUCACUUCCGAAGAGGAUACUUCCAUUCUGGAAGGUUCUUUCCGAGAUGAUGCCUUCCCUAUGGCUCCCCCAGACCUGGAGGAGACGAUACGGGAGGAGAGAAUCAAGCGGCUGAAGCAGACCCUGCGGCAGCAGAACGCGGCGCUGGAGGAGCUGCGCCGGGAGAGGCAGCAGAGCUGAGCCCCCUGCCCUGGGGGUCCCAGCCUCAUGCUUCACCUCUGCAGUGACUUCAAGAGGAAAUCCCUUGCCUAAAUGAGUAUUUCUGGUAGAUGGAAGAACUAGAUGGAUUUUAAGUAUGUGUGUAUUUAGAGAACUGUAGGUUUUUGUUAAAUGCCAGAAAUAAGAGAGUUGACCAUCACAUUCUACUUCUAGGACGUGAUCCAAGAGCACAGACAAAGGGCAUUUUUAGCAGCAUAUUCCCCAUAUUUUGAAUAGAGGGGGUCCUGUAUUAGCAAAUAAACUUUCCCCUUUUGAAUUCCAUGGCCUGGCUUUUAGAACCCCAAUGAAAAUUGCAAACCCUCGUUGUAGAUACCUUUUUGUUUGUUUUUCUUAUGUGCAUGAGAACUUUCAUAACUCCUGAGAACUGUUAAUUUUCAGAAGAGGUCAACAGUCAGUGGUUAUUGGACUUUAGACAGUAACAGUGCAGAUAUUUGUACAAAACCUCUUGCAGAUGUGAAGACCGAGGCAGGAGGAACCCUGUGACAGUUGUUUGGAUUCAUGGUUUCUCUGUCAUUAUUGUGAGCCUUUAUAAGGCCAUGGCCAGCUGUGCAAUGUGGAAAUUAGUUUGUGGGGUUGUUUUGGAAGAGUGGGAUGUAUUUUUUUUUAAGAAGAAUUAUGUUAAUAAUAAUUUCUUCAAGCUAAAAGACUUUA